CCAUAGCAACAUUCAUAUCAAUUUUAACAUUAUUUCCCCUUGUUUUACAUUUAAACAAUGCGAUCACGUAGUAGAAGUCGUAGUAGGCACCGCUCAAGGCGGUAUAGAAGCCCAAGGCAUAGGUCGCCCAGCUAUGAUAAAAGAUCAUGGCGACAUUCAAAAUACGACCAGGAUUCUAAACAAAAAUAUACACAUAGAGAAAGAUCAAGGUCUAAAACUAGAAGGAAUUCAUAUGAUCGCGAUAGAUCAAAAGAUGAUAACAGAAGAGGAAGAGACUUCAGAUAUGACUCACCACCAAAAACAGCGUCGAGAACUAAACGAUACAGUAUCAAUGAAAUGCUCAGUAGUCACCCAUUGGGACAAGGUGUAGGAUCUAUUGGACUCGAUCCCCUAGCAACAAAGCCUUACAGAGAAAUAUAUAUCGGAAAUAUACCACCACAAGCAGAUGUUAACAAUCUAUUAGAAUUCCUUAAUGAUGCACUUACAGCGGUUAACGGAACUAGUAUACCAGGAAACCCAUGCCAAAAAGGAUGGAUCAGUGCUGAUAGCCACUAUGCAUUCGUAGAAAUGCGCACAAUGGAGGAAGCCAGUAAUUGCAUACAACUAAGCGGAAUAAACUACAUGAAUUACAGUUUAAGAAUAAACAGACCAAAAACAUAUAACCCAGAAAUACUGACAGAAGCGCCAUCACCAACAAUACCAACAUUGGACCCAUCACUACUGGCACUGGGUAUCGCAGGACUUAAAUGUGCCUCUGAGCAAAUAUCAGCUGCGGCUGAUAUGCUAGCAACAGAACGCGCGAAGGCUAUGACCGAUAGGUUAUGCGUCCUAAACGUAACAGACGAACCAGCCCUCAAGCGCGAAUUGGAAGCACAAGGAAAUCUCAAGUAUUACCAAUAUAUUACAGAAGAUAAUAAACCGCCACUAUGCAUAUUCGAAUAUGAACAUAUUGAAAUGCAAAAUAUCGCACUAGAAGGACUAAAGAAACGUGAUGUAAAAGUGGAACUUGCUGUAGAUGCACUGGAACGUGGAGCAAUGUCCGAAGAUUUCAUGAAGCAACAAAUAGAAUCAUGCGAUAUCAUGAAGUCACAAAUACCAACAAGAGUGCUGCUACUCGCAAACCUAGUGUCCAAAGAAGACCUAGAAGACGACGCAGAAUAUUAUGAUAUCAUCGAUGACGUAAGAUGCGAAUGCGAAGAGUACGGACCAGUAGUACGAGUGGAAAUGCCAAGGGUACCAAAGGGUCUCACACUAGACGAAAUAAGAAAUAUGGAUUUCUCAGCAGUAGGAUGCGCAUUCGUUCUAUUCAGUAAUAUAGAAGGGGCUUCAAAAGCAAGGAAAGUACUAGAUGGACGUAAAUUCGGACACCGGAUUGUAGAAUGCCAUUUCUUCAGUGAAUUGCUGUUCCACGUGGGAGAAUUCUCAAACCCAGCGCCUAACUUCCUUAAGGAACACUCAUCCAUGUACAACCCGAUCAUCGCAGAAGAUCCAAACCAAGCUGGAGAUAUCCUCAAUGAACUUCGUACAGCAAACCAGUGAAUAGUAAUAUAGAUUAAGGCG